AGAAUUUGGACGGCCCCGCCCCAUACUAUUAAAGUAGAUAAACAGGACAAUGUAACCCAAGCUCUAUUUGACUAUCUGGUAGAAGAAACCAAAGCACUAGUUGCUUCAACAUCUGGGACUUCCAAAACUUUUAAGACAUCUAACCUACCUGAGCCAGAAAUCAAUGAGCGGUCUCAAAAGGGCCGGCUCGAAACUAGCAAGCUUCCUGAAUCUAUCGAGCCUAUCAGUAAGGUGAUAAAUGCGCCUUCUAAAGAAACUAAUUCUUCCAACCCUAUCAAUAAACAGUUUCUAGAAAAGUAUAAUCUGACGGCUGACUCUACCCCAGAACAAUUAAACGAACAUGCUCCCAAACUCGAUGUAUUACUUCCUGAUUGGAUGGCUCGCAGGUGUGUUAAAGUUGCUCUUGCCAGAGGUACUGAUAAUAGACGCUCAUUUAGUGAAGAGCAGAUAGAGGCUCUCUUACCAGAUAAGAGAAAAGGAAAACUCACCAUAGAGGAAAAGGCAAAAUAUUGCGCUAAAAUCGGCGAUGCUAUGGACAUUUUCACCCAUCAUUUAGAUUUAGACCCAAAAAAUAAUUAUGAAAAUGAAAUAGUCGCCAGUGAUCCAAAACUUAUUCAAGAGUCUAAUAAAAUUCAGAAAAAACAAACUAAAAAACGAAUGGCUAAUCCGGAUAGAAUUCUAAUACAUUUCUUGUCAGCAAGAGUGCUUAAAAGGAUUCAGAAUAUGGAUGUUUCUAAAAUUCCAUCUAAAGAAAAUCUCGUGGAUAUAAUUGUGAUGGAAUUGCUUACUUGGAAUCAAGAUGCAAUUAAGGUUAAAAAGUUAUCUGACCCUGUCUUUACUGGAAAUGGAACACGUAACGCUUGGCCAUUUAACGAGUUCUUAAAACAAGAACCUUAUAGAACCAUACCUAAAAAAUUAAGAGAUUAUGGAAGUAAACACGCUUUCAGAAUCCAUGGUGGUAAGAAACCAACACCCCAACAUCUUAAACUGCUUUCAAGAAUCACAAUGAGGCAAGAAUCAGACCACCUUGAUACAGGUGAUAAUUACGCUAUAGGCGAUACAAAAUCAGAGGAGUUUGACUCCGAACCAAAGACAAGCGACAGUUCAAAACCUCAAAUACAGGCUUCUUCACGGGAUUCGGAAUCAAGCACGGCAUCAAUUGUUAGAAGAAUAGAAAAAUAUAAUAUUCGAAGUCCUCAAGAAAUUCCAGAAGAAGACAUGUCAGAUGUAGAUAAUAGAGAAGGUGAAGAUAAUCUAUUUAAAAGCCCCCACAAAAGAUCAUUCGUGGAUACUUCUAAAAAUAAAUUACUUAGCAAAAAAGCCAAAAAACAGGUUAAGAGAGAGGAUUCUCCUACAUUGAAAAAAUUAAUUCAGGAAUUGACUUCACCAACCCGCCAACAAGUUGAAGGCCCUAUCACUUUGCAGUCGGGUGUCUCUGAGAUGGACAUAAGCUUGCUUGAUUUUCUUGAUUUAUAUAAUAAGAUUGAUACUGCCGAAGACAAUCUUCAGAGAACCACCCAUGAUUUGAUUCGAUGUUAUUAUAAUUUUGGCCAAGCCAUUAAGCAGUUGUUCAAUCAUUUUAGAAAAAGUUAUAAUGAGAAUGUAUCUAAUACUCGAGUUAACGAUAGAAUCAGGGAUCAGAUUGCUGUACAAGAUAAACUUACUGAGACUAAUCUUCGAAAAAGAAAGGAAAGAGGUAAAAAGGUUUUCAGGCUCUUUAGUAACAUUGGUAGUAUAGAAGCGAUAGAACAGAUAAAGUCUUUUAAUGCUACUACAAUCUUAAAUCUACCCCCAGAUGAUGUCGAUUUUAAAACAAAAGAGCUCAUCGAUUUCUUACGGAAAGAAGAAGACCUGGAUCUUGAGGAGGAUGACUUAGGAAUCAUUAGCAAAGAAAAAAUUAAUGGCUGUGCCUUUCUAAAGAUUACCAAAGAAAAGCUUCGCAAUUAUGGAAUGCCAGGUGGGCCGGCGUUAAAUCUGGCGGACUUCGCUAAGGACCUUAGUAAAUGGAAGUUAAGAGCAUAUUCAUCAUACAAAAGUCUUAAAGAGGUGUUGAAAAAAUACGGACUCGAUAGUGAUGGUACUGAAUUAAUUCCACUGUUCAAAAUAGCUAAAGUAACCUGUGAAAUUCAAAAUUCUGAUAAGUAUUUCGCACAUUGCAUGGCAGAAAUUAUGGACAGGCUGAAAAAUUAUGGGUCAUUGGUUGUGGAUAGUUUAGAAGCAAUGCGUAAUGAAUAUGUCUAUGAAAUUGUUAGAAACGAGAGUACUGGGCGAGUGGAUUACGCAAUCAAGGAUGCCGAGGACUUGAUUUGUAUUACAGAGGAUAAACAGCACCAGAUACCCAUGGUAGUAACAACUGGAAGGGAUUGGUUUUUUUUGUUAUAUAGUCCGGACGAGAUCUUACAAGGUAGUAAAUUACCAUAUACUAUCGAAUUUACUGAAGAUGCUUUGAAUGAAGAAUUCGAGGAAUAUCAAACAUUGCACAAAAGUGUAAGAAGGGUAUUGGGAGUAGUUGUGAGUAUGUUGAAAGAUAGGGUGUGUGUAGAUAAGUCUGGUGCGAAAAAGAAAGCACAAAUAGAGGAUUACUGCUCUAGAUAG